CCGGGCUUCUCCAGCCUCUUUCCCAUCUGUCACCAACUUGCCUCCCGCUCCUUACCUUACGAAGAGCCCGUGCUCCCGUCGUCCGCUCGUGGGGUUAAUCGAUCGCCUCGCCUCGACUCGACUCGACUCGACGCUUUAGAAUUUCGGUCCGCGAGGCAUGAGUGGCAGUUCGAAUCAGUCUACCCGUACGAGUCCAGGCUCUUAUAGCACUACUCAGCGCACGCCCUCGGUGUCCUCGGGCGCGUCGCCUACGCACCAGCCGCUCUCGUCCUCCCAGGCUCAGAAUGCGAUGUCGACCGACGUGUACAAUACUCCCGCAUCGCAGGCCCCAACUUCGUUAGGUCCCUCGUUUACCUAUCCGUUCUCCCCGAUCGGUCCCUCCCCGACGUUCGAUAACGUCUCAUCGACUACCAUGCGUCUAGGCGACUCGGAUCGGUCGGCGCAGGGCCUUAACGGCUUCAUCCGACCGGCCAAUGGAACCAGUGGCGGCGCGAUCUUGAUGCGCAAACUUCCACGCAAUACAAGUCGCGACGCUCUGCGCAGCAUGCUACUCUUUGCCAAAGACUUUGUGGAUGCCGAUUUCGUACCUUCCGAUGCCCCAGAGGAUAAUGGAUACUUGUGCGCCGUCGCGCGCUUCAGCACGCUAGCUGCAGCGGAAGAAGCGCGGGCCUUACUUGACGGCAAGCCGAAUUCGAAAAAUGACGCCACAAUGAUCGUGGAGAUGUUCUACGGCUCCGUUGGUUCCUCUUUGGUCCCCCGGCGAAACACCAUUGACCACACCGCAACCCGGAGCUUGCUGGGUCAUGUCAAUGGGGGCUUGCCGCGACAGUCGUCGCGCUUCAACGGGACUUUCCAGACUUUGGAGAAGCUAAGCGCGACCACAGGACCUUCGACUGGCGAUGCGUUGCCCCCGUCUGAACGGCUUCACAGUAUCUUUUCACCCCAGUCUCCGAUCGGCAACGGUGUCCCCGAGCUCCCACGGGUCAGUGGUAAAUCGAUGAUCGAUCAGGAUAUUGACGAAGAUACGGGAGCAAUACUCAAGGAUCCUGUGGGCUAUGCCGAAAACGGACAUUCGGCUUCUGUUUCCGUCCCUCGUCGCUCCACGAAUCCUCAGAUGUUGAGUAACCAAUUUGGUAACAUGUCUUUGACUACGAACCUAAACUCCCCGCCACUACAGCCUUAUAACCCAGGGGGAACCGCGCAUAUUGGAGGUUCGAACCCCCCGUCGGCUUUUCCCCAGCCGAUGAACAACAAUAUAGGGGCGGGCCAUGGGUUCCCGUAUGGCAAUCCACAUGUGCCUCGCCACAGUCUCCCUGCUGCCAAUCCUAACGACAUGAAUCCCCCGUGCAAUACAUUGUACGUCGGGAACCUCCCUCCGGACACCUCGGAAGAAGAGCUGAAGGCGCUGUUCUCUAAACAACGCGGAUACAAGCGCCUGUGUUUCCGAAACAAACAGAACGGCCCUAUGUGCUUCGUGGAAUUCGACGAUGUGGGCACCGCCGGCAAGGCGCUCAACGAGCUGUAUGGCGUCAAGCUGUCCAACAGCAUUAAGACCGGUAUUCGUCUGAGCUUCUCAAAGAACCCCCUGGGGGUCCGUUCAGGGCAGCCGGGCUCGAUGAGCGCGUCCAAUGCCAUGGCGUCUCAAGGUGGUGUACCCGGGGGCAGUAGUCUCGGUGGGAUGCACAAUCAUAUGUUCUCAACGGUCAGUGGUCCGCCGCCCGGCCUGUCCGCCCCUCCAGGCUUGGCCCCCCCAAUGGCAAUCAGAAAUAAUGGUGCUGUCCAUCCGUCUGGCAGUCCGAAUGCACCCUUGCCCAGCAACGGUGCUUUCAAUGCCAAUUCGGGACUCGGAAUUCGGACGAACACGAUGAACCCGAUGGUAUCUCCGCCACCUCCGCUUACCGGCGGGACUUCGGGACCCAAUAUGGGAGGCUACAAUUCCUAUUACCCUGAUUAUAUGAUGGGCCGGUAGGGAGACGCACAUUUCUGUGGAGAUUAU